AUGCCUAAACCAGUUCUAAUUCUCAUCUACAGUGUGAACAAAUUUAACCAGAAUCUAUUGAAUAUAAUCAAAAACAUGAAAGAUCUUUCAGAUGAAAUUAUAAUUGGAGAAUUUGUAUCCAUGAUACUUGGUAAUUAUAGGGAACAGAAGUUUAGGGAAGAUCCAAUUUCUUCACCAGCACAAGCUUAUCUAAUCCCUAAAAACUACCAGCAUGUCCUUGCUUUUAUUUUUGCCAUCAAAGAAAUCAAUAAGAAUCCCGCACUAUUACCCAACAACACAUUACGGUCCCAGAUUUAUGACAAUGCGUACAAUUCAUGGAGAACCACUUGGACCACUUUGGAUCUUCUCUUUCUAAGAAAAGGGGAUCCACUCAAUUAUUACUGUAUCACUGAAGAGGAAGUCAUGGCCAACAUUGGGGGACUCACCUCUGAAAAUUCUAUUCACAUGGCCAACAUCUUAAGUACUUACAAGAUUCCUCAGGUUAGUUAUGGCUCCUCUGCCCCCAUAUUAAGAAAGAAAAUUGGUUUUUCUUCUUUCUACCGAAUGAUUCCCAAUGAAGCUUUGCAAUACAUGGGGAUAGUUCAACUUCUGAAAUAUUUUGGAUGGAAUUGGCUUAAUUCAUUUUUGAGACAAGUCCACUUUAACAAUAACGUUGGAGAUGAAAUAUUUCUUGAUGAAGAGAGGGAUUUAGCGAUAGGCUAUGACCUCAUCAAUUUGGUGACAUUCCCCAAUGAAUCUUUCCAGAGAGUCCAAGUUGGAAGAAUCGAUCCCAGUUUUCAACUUGGAAAAGAAUUCAUCAUUAAUGCAAGUGCCGUUAUGUGGAAUCCCACGUUUCAUCAGAUGGUGCCAAAAUCUACCUGUGUUGAGAGCUGCCAUCCUGGACAAAGCAAACUAAUUCAGCAGGGGAAACAAAUCUGUUGUUAUGAUUGCAUUCCGUGUCCUUCAGGGAGGAUCUCAACUCAAAUGGGUAAGUGUUGUGAGUCUUGCCAAGAAGAACAGUAUCCUAACACAAAUCAACAAGAAUGCAUUCCCAAAGUAAUGACUUACCUGUCCUAUAAAGAUGGCCUGGGAACAGCUCUGACAUCUUUGGCACUUUUUCUUUCUCUGACCACACUUAUUGUGAUGGCAAUCUUCAGGUUACACUCGAACACUCCCAUUGUGAAAGCCAACAAUUGGAGCAUCACAUGUAUCCUGCUCACCUCUCUGCUGCUAUGUUUUCUUUGCUCCCUCUUCUUCAUAGGAAGACCUAGCAAGGAAACCUGCCUUUUAAGGCAGGCUGUGUUUGGUAUCACCUUCUCUGUUGCUGUUUCCUGUGUACUGGCCAAAACGAUCACUGUGGUUCUGGCUUUUGUGGCUACAAAACCAGGGAACAAGAUGAGGAAAUGGAUGGGAAAGAGGCUAGCAAUCUUGGUUAUUGUGCCUUGUUCUUUGAUUCAGAUUGCCAUCUGUGCUGUUUGGUUAGUGAACAAGCCCUCUUUUCCAGAAUUAGAGAAGCAUUCCCAAGUGGGUGAGAUCUUAGUGAAAUGCAACGAAGGCUCAGAGAUGAUGUUUUACAUUGUGUUGGGCUACAUGGGUCUUCUGGCCAUUGUCAGCUUCACAGUGGCUUUCUUUGCCAGGAAAUUGCCUGACAGUUUCAAUGAAGCCAAGUUCAUCACUUUCAGCAUGUUGGUGUUUUGCAGUGUUUGGAUUUCCUUCAUCCCCACCUACUUGAGCACCAAGGGCAAAUUGAUGGUAGCCGUGGAGAUUUUCUCCAUCUUAACCUCUGCUUUUGGUUUAUUGAGUUGUAUUUUCCUUCCCAAAUGCUAUUUUAUUAUAAUACAUCCUGAAUUAAAUAAAAAGGAGCAAAUGGGAAGACUCCUGAAGUUGGGCAAAGAUUUUUUAGAGCAGGAUGGGACAAUCUGGAGAAUGAUGGAUAUUUUGGUAGAAAGUUCAAGAUCCCUGUUUGCGUGCAGUGGUGACAGGGUCCGAGAAUGCUCCUUCUCAGCUCAGUGA